AUGGAAGGCGUCGUGUCUCACCUUGGCAGAGUCAUGAGCGGCGGCACUGCUCUGGUGACCAGAAAAGAACAAAACCAUGGCUGCACCAUCUCCAAAUAUGUGGUCAUCAGUCAGCAGGCAUCUAUAUCGAAGAGGAACCAAAAUAUUUUGACGCCCUAAGAAGCGAAGGGGCGGACUUUGAUCAAAGACUGGUUGAUGACGUAAGCGAGACACACUGAAGUGAGACGUCUGCAUUCCUUUCGACAGAAGUGCAUUGCACUUGUGCUGCGUAUGCUCCUUUAGGCGUAUGAAUGGGUGAGAGAACAAGUGGCGACGCCAAUGGACUUCGCUGAGCCGUUCGUAAUCAACUAAGGCAGCCAUAUCAAUUCCACAUGUACACUUGUGUCUCAGGUAUGGCAGCGCAUGGGCAAAAUCCAACGAAGAGGUGGGCUAUUCCCCUCUGGUUGGCACGAGGUGAAUAGCCCACCUCUCAUUGUUCCUGAAUGAUGACGGCGUCAUGGCGCCAACAAGAGAGCGGCUGGCAUCUGAUGUCUUGGCUCAGGGGAUGCUUUCCAAACGCAAGGACGUCCCGCGUGGCUUGGAGAUCAAGACGCGCGCCACAGUCAUCCGAGUGGAGUUCGACACCAAUCGCAAGGGCAAGCCGCGCGCCACGUGCGUGCAAUUCGUCAAGUCUCCCAAAGAAGCGAAGAGCAUCGACUCGAGAGUCAGCAACCUCUUGCUCGUGCUCGAGGACAAGAACGACGAAACAGAGGAGAAAGCAGAACACGGGCAAGAGGUGAUGCGAGCGUGCAUCCGUCCUGGCGGUGAGAAUUUUUUGAGUGCCGGUGCCGUUAAUACGCCGGUCGUGCUGAUGAAGUCGGGCGUUGGGCCGAGGGAUGCCGUUGAGAACGCGACGAAAGCCAUCCCUCGGGCGCUGAGGGGGGAGAACGACGGGAUGGUGCUUGAGAUACCUGGGCUGGGUAAGAACCUUCAUGACAGAAACUGGGUAGCAACACACAACGAGGGAACAAUCGGUCUCUGUCCUUGUUAUACGAUUUAGACGCCUCUGGCGACCUUCUUUGACGCACCGCUACCAGAAUCCGAUGGCCUCAAAGUCACAAUGGCGCAGGUUGCAGGCGCGAAGCGUGUGGGCGAAGGCUGCUCGGGCAGCUCUGGGAAAAGGCUCGAUUACAAGUGAGUAUAUCAAGGCUGCUGAAAGCGGGAACAUAUCAAUGCGCAAUGCCUGUGAAUGAAUGCAGCAUCUUCGAUUCGAGCCCUGAUUGCGGAUGGGUGACCAGUCAGGAGUUUACCGGCGGGAGAAGUGUGGAAGGGUUGCUCAGCUCAACGCGACUCAUCCUGCCCCCAAAAAUGAGAUCGUCGCCGUACGAAAAUGACGACAAUCACGAUAGAUUCUAGAAUAGACACCCGCACUGUCUUUGUAUGUUUCUGCUCCUUGGUGUAGUGAAGCCGACUUUCUCAUGCGACUCCUACACGAGUGCUCGAGUAGACCUUAUGAAGCCCUGUAUGUCUGCCGCUGAUUCCCUCCAUCACCUGCGUCAAGUACACAUAUGCUCACGCCAAUGCCUUUUUUCAAUCGUGUCUCCAUUAGGAAGCUGAUCGCAAUGAUUGCUUUCCCUUCUCUGCCCAAGGGCCGAGGCUAUGUCACAAUCAACGAAAAGGGUCAGGACAAUUCGCCUGUGUUGCGUCUCGAAAGCUUACUUGCCUAUCUGCAGGUGAGCCGAUAGUGUCGGGCGGUUAUUACAAUGACCCCGGCGGAGAGGACCUGCAUGUUGCUGUGGAGGGUUUAAAGAAGAUGAUCCGGGUGAAUACUAAAGAGAGAAACAUACAGAAAGCGAUGUCAUGCUGA